AUGCCUUUAAAACAGAACUUCACAGCUAUAGACACAUUUGGAAAUAUUGGUCCUAUUAACUGUACAGCUGAUUGUAAACCUGAAUGUAAUAUGAUUUGGCACGGACCUUAUCUUCAAGAAGGCAUUACAUCUGUACUGCACCUUCAGAAAAUCAACAAAAACCAAGCCGGAAAGUAUUCGUGCAUUGCUUCAAAUAGUGUUAGUAGUCUGGAAUCUGGUCAUAUCAAUGUUAUCGUUUACUAUGGCCCUGCUGUUGUUGAUAUUUCACCUCAAAAACAGAUUCACACAGUAAACGAAACUGACAGAGUGACAAAUAUUACUUGCACAGCAGAUUGUAACCCCAGAUGUUUCUUGACAUGGACAGGACCUAAUUUGCAUACCAAGCUUUCUGGUAUUGCGUCAUCAAUGCUGAAUAUUCCCAAUAUUGCAAGGAACCAAUCAGGAACGUACAAAUGUAAUGCUUCGAAUACUGUUGGUAGCAAAAUUUCAUUACAUAUAAAUAUUAGUGUAAACUAUGUACCAGCAGUGAAUACUAUUUUUGGAAACAGAUCAUUUCAUGAAAACGACACUGCUGUAUUUUCAUGCAAUGUGGAGAGUGUACCAUCUUCGAACAUAACAUGGUUAUUUGGGGAACAGAUCCUUGGAAAAACUCAUAUGAAUUUUAUUCACGAUAUACAGGAACAAAACAUCAAUGUCCAAGUUAGUACACUGACUAUCAGUCGAGUUGGAUGCUUAUCAAUGGGAAAAUAUACUUGUGCUGCUAACAACAUUAUCGGUGAAGAUACGAAAAAAAUUGACAUCGACGUAAGAUGUUCUCCAAGAGUAAAUUCAAUAGAGUAUAAUGUUACAAAAUUGAUUGCAGUCAAAGACCAAGAGCCCUUAAAUAUAACGGUCCCAAUAAUUGCAUACCCUACACCUUAUAUUUAUUGGACUUUAAUAAAUAAUAAAACGUCUGUUAAUGUAACACUAAAAACUUCAAACAGUGUUAUCAACAAUAGAGUAUUUUCUAGUCUGUAUUUAGAAAAUGUAAUCGAGAAAGAUUUUGGACAUUAUUACAUUUAUGCCGGCAAUGGAAUUGGUAGUAGAAAAGAUUAUAUAUAUUCCGUCGAAGUAAUUCCUAAAAGAGAGCCCAUGCCACCAUUUUUAUAUAUCGUUUGCAAGUCCACAACAGCCACAAUAAUAUGGAAACCUGGGUUCAAUGGAGACAGUUCUGACAGAUUUUAUGUAAUGUAUUCCGAAAAAGGACAGAAAGUUAUAACAAAACAGGUAUAUCUAAAUGAACGGGAAGAAUCCUCAGUAUCUACAGUAACUGAAUUAAAACCAGCUAUGGAAUAUGACUUCGCUAUAGUUGCUGAAAAUCAGUUUGGACAGUCCAGCUCUCGCACAGUAAUAUGCAUAACUGAUGCUGCAUGUCCACAGGAAAAUGUGAGUGAAUUUAAAAAUAAUGAAAAUACCACCAUGUUUGGUGCAGGUAUUGGGACUUUAGUAGUUGCGUUACUGAUACUAGCUGCAGCGACAGUUUUUGUCACUCGCAAAAAGUUGAGGAACAAGAACACGAAACCAGGAAUGUAA